AUCAGCCCAUCGGCCAUGCACAAGUUGGUGCGUCCCGAUGGUGAACUGACGACUUCGCGAGCAGCCCAAGCGUGAACGUGAGUAUAUGUCUUUCGCCUUACGCAACCACGUCCCUUGAAGACGUGGCCAAUCAACGGACGAGGCAACAACACAUAUAUGAUGCAGAUGUGCGUUGUGAAGGACCAGAGCAGAACCAAGCAGCUUCUAGAUAGGGCUAAGGGUCGGUGGUCGACGACUCUUUCCCAUCCUGGGACGUCGUCUCAACGACUUCCGCAACGACUUCACGCUCUGCUAGGAUAUUUAUCAAUCGCUCUUGUCCAUGUAGAUGCCAGUUUGGAGUGGGCUGAAAUUAUCCUCUGGCUGGGAAAGGCAACCACGAUGCAGAUCUGGUUGAAAGGCGUCCUUAAUCCGGCGGACGUUCAACUCGCCAUUGACCACGGAGUGAAUGGUGUGAUAAUACUAGUAUCACGGUGGCCGCCAGCUAGACGGAGUGCCCCCCACCCUUGACUGCUCGAGGGAGUGCGCACGAGUACAUAGGUCGGGUCCGAAUUCAGAUUACAGUCGAUGGGGGGGAAUCCAACAUGGUUUAGACAUCUUCAAGCCAUCGCCCUUGGGGAAACAACACUGUUUU